AUGAAGGUCCUCCUUUUCUGUUUGAGCUUCUCUCUACUAUGCAAAGUAGUCUUCAGUCACAACGGUGGUGAACAUGACGAUGAUUAUGAAAGAGGAACACACGACUCACAUCAUCAUGUUUUUGCCAAUGAAUCCAUAGCUUGCCAUAAAAUUGUACCAUCCAAUUCUCAGUUUGCCUCUAGAUUAUUCAAGCAGAUAACAGAUAGAAAUCCUUUAGAUAAUAUUUUCAUUUCCCCGGUCAGUAUUUCCACUGCUCUUGCCAUGCUUUCUAAAGGAGCUAAGUCCAAGACCCAUGACGAGAUCUUAGAAAAGCUUGGCUUCAACAGCUCUGAAAUCACAAAGGAGGAAUUUAAUUCUUGUUUCCAGCAUCCUUUCUAUGUCUUUAAUCACCCUGAUUGUGAGCUACAGCUCGACAGUGGGAAUGCCCUCUUUAUAGACACAAAACUCAAACUGCUCCAGUCAUUUUUAGAUGAUGUCAAGAGAAAUUACGAGUCAGAAGCAUUUUCUAGUGACUUCACAAAUUCAGAUGAAGCAAAGAACCAGAUCAACAGCUACGUGGAAAAGAGAAUCAAUGGGAAAAUUCCUGAGCUACUCAGCAGUAUUGACAAGGACACAAUGUUAUUCCUUAUCAACGUUAUUUAUUUCAAAGGUAAGUGGGAAAUGCCAUUUAAUGAAGAAUUUACUAGUGAAGGAGAUUUCCAUGUUGAUGAGAACACAGUUGUGAAAGUGCCAUUUAUGAGGAGAACCGGCAUGUAUAACGUAUUACUGUCUGAAAACGUUACCAUGGUGCAGAUUCCAUACAAGGGCAAUACUUCAGCUCUGUUUAUCUUACCAAAGGAGGGAAAACUCAGACACAUCGAACAGAAUCUUCAGGAAUCCACAAUCAAAGCAUGGAAGAGCAAAUUCAACCAAAUGUAUGUGGAGUUAUACCUUCCUAAAUUUAUUAUUUCCACAACUCUGGAUCUUGAAGAACUAUUAGAUAAACUGGGAAUUGCUGAGGUAUUUUCAGAUGCUGCUGAUUUGUCUGGGAUUACGGAGCAAGUCAAGUUAAAAGGGUCCAAGGCGGUCCACAAAGCAGUAUGGAGUGUUGAUGAGAAAGGAACCGAGGCAGUGGCAGCCAUUAAGAUAGUGACCACACGUCUACCAACAACUAUUGUAAUAAAUAGACCUUUCAUCCUGGAAAUUACAAACAAUGAUAUUAUUCUGUUUAAAGGAAGAGUGAUAAACCCAGCGGUGGCAUAAUAUGUCACAUGUACA